AUGCCUAGAGGACGACGUGCGAACAUCGGCCACCGCACAAGACAUGCAAGCCAGCAACAAGUGUAUUCACAGAACUUAAGCGAAGAAAGACUAAAAAAAAUACUAAGAGAAAAUGCCCGAUUGAGACAACGCGUGAGCACACGAAGAUCAUUGGCAUCAUACCAUCGCUUGGCAUUCCAAUAUGAUCCCACUGCGAACUACAGUGAUGAUGAAAAUUUAGAUAUUGGACCAAUGACGACUAUAUGCCAAUAUUGCAAUGCGUUAAAGUUCAAAAGAGAAACGGCUGGAUUUUGCUGCGCAAGUGGAAAAGUCAAACUGGAUCCAUUACACCACCACAGCCACUGA